AGCCGGCACAGCUGAGAUGCUCCUCCUUGCGCGAGUUUCGUUUAGACAGUCAGUCAGUCGGGUAAGCAGACGAAGUGAGGUUGUGCGAGCGCACUAAACUUGCCAAACAUGACGGACCCUACGGAUGUCAGGUUUAAGAAAAUAAUAGGAGUGGUAAUUGUGCUCUUUACGGUUGCUGCUGCGUCCAACACGGAACAGCCCAAAGAGGAUAAGGCCUUAUCUGCGGCCGCACUGACCAUCGCAAGGGCCCUGCAGCAGGAAGUUAAGGUCCCCAAACUUUUGACCAUUGCUGAGAACGGUGAGGAGACGGAGGAGUACAAACUGCAUGGCGCCACCCUGGUGGUGAAGCGCUCGAGAGCGCCGGAAUCGUUUAAAAAGGAGGCCGUGCCGAAACCGGUCCAAGUGACCUCGCGACUGCUCAAUAUCAAGGACGAGGCGAGCGCCGCCGCGAGCAGCCGGUCUGGCCGCCAGAUGACCAUCGACUCUGAUGGCAUCCCCGUGAUCACGGGUGUGCGCGUGCCGGAUGACGAGCAUGACCGCACGCACACCUACCGCAACGCGCGCGUCAUCAAGAACAUGUUGGUGCCCUACGACGCCCCUCAGCAGCAACAGCAGCAGCAGCAGCGCCGUGCGCGCAAGACCAGCGACCUGGACGCCAACGCCAUCAGGCCGACGGUGCUGGACCAGGGACCAACGGCCGUGAGAGCCCCCAUCCUGCAGUACGCUCACCCAGAACUCGGCGCCCAGCAGGUUACGUUCAUGGCCCGCGAAGCUGACGUCGCUAAACAGGUGGACCAGGCGCCUGUUUACUUCGCUAAGGAUAAUCCUCAGGACAUCCACAACGACCACAGCCCCUACUCGUACGAACCAGCCUACGAAGCCGCCAAGCCGUACGACCUGCCCAAAUUCGCGGCCAACAAGGCUCCGAAGAAGACUCUGCCCUACCAGUUCAACGAUGACGGCCUGGACGUGUACAAGUACCGCUACAAGAACAAGGGCUACAAGUACGUGCCAGAGCAGAGCAGCGGAAGCUACGCGACCUACUAUUCUCCUGUGGACGACUCGCGACCUUUCUGGCUGCGCUUCGGCGACCUGAUCCGCGACAACGUGCAGACCGGCUACAUAAGGAUGACCGAGUUUGCGCGUCCAAUGGUCGAGCCGAUCAUGUCCGCCACGCAGUCCAUCGGUGCCAACCUCGGCUUCCCUGGCAAACGGGCCCAGGAGAAGGUUGGAGUCGCUGCACCCCUGCUCGCUGGACCCGUUGCGUUCGCCCCCGCCAUCGGACUCGUGGCCGGCGGUGCCGCCCUUGGACUCGGAGCCGCUGCCAUCUCUAGGAUGCUCGAGACCACACAGGUCGAUUAUGGAAAAAGCAGGUCGAGGAGAUCGCUCGUCACUGGAGGGUCGCCUCUCAUCAACUUCCAGAACCGUAACAGCAAUGAAGAAGAUGUCAUGUUCUCCAACAUGGUUAACGCCAUGCAGGGACAGCAGCCGGACAGCUUCCUUGCUCAACUCUCAAAAUACGGCCACAACAGCUGGAGCGAAGACACGCCGUGCGCCAAGCGCAUUUUCUGCGAUGUCAUGACGCAACAGUCAGGCGACUCGAUCAUCCUCAUGGAGAAGAAAAUGGGCACAUUCCUAUCCUUUGUCAACCCGAGCGUGGCGCGAAUGCUUUCGAACCACAUGAACGACGUGAUGGACGCCGUCCGGAGGCAGGACUGCUCUCAAUUCACCUGCGAGGCUGAAUCGAGAAGGCGACGUAUGGGCGUCGGCGUGAGCGAGUUUGCCUUCCAGCCCAGGGCAGCGGUUGCAGGCCCCAGAUAAAGAAAAUAUGUGUAUCGAAAGAGUCAGUGCACGAGCGCAUGAAACGCACCUUGCGAAGGAUUGCGUUAUGAAUGUAAACCGCCGUCCCGUCGAGGGGAAAAUUCGAAAAAUUCCAGCUGCUGCACAACUACAAUUAUUAUUGUUACUUAAAAAUGUUUUGGAAAAACUAUUCAAACCAUCAGGUACACAUCUACAUGUGCAUUUAUAGAGGAAAGUUACAGAUCACGAUAUUUAUACUAUGUAAACUAUAAUGAACCCAGAACAGUUUAAAAUAAGCAUUUUCUUGAGGUGCCAAGCGUUAUGCUCAUAAGCAAACAGGAACUGGAAAAGUGUGAUUGAGUUUUACUAUCACAAACGUGGGCUAAUGUAUUUGUAUGAAUCGAGUGAGUGUUUUUUAUUGUUAAGUUUGUACAUAAUAGCUACCCAACAUCUACUCUGAACAAUUUUUAAUAAAAUUUUAUAAGAUGUGGAGAGA